AUGAUCCCGGAGCACACGUUUAUCUCCUGUUCUCACCCUGCUGUCCUCACCCUGCUGUUCUCACCCUGCUGUUCUCACCCUGCUGUUCUCACCCUGCUGUUCUCACCCUGCUGUCCUCACCCUGCUGUUCUCACCCUGCUGUUCUCACCCUGCUGUUCUCACCCUGCUGUUCUCACCCUGCUGUCCUCACCCUGCUGUUCUCACCCUGCUGUUCUCACCCUGCUGUUCUCACCCUGCUGUUCUCACCCUGCUGUUCUCACCCUGCUGUUCUCACCCUGCUGUUCUCACCCUGCUGUUCUCACCCUGCUGUCCUCACCCUGCUGUUCUCACCCUGCUGUCCUCAUCCUGCUGUUCUCACCCUGCUGUUCUCACCCUGCUGUCCUCACCCUGCUGUUCUCACCCUGCUGUCCUCAUCCUGCUGUCCUCAUCCUGCUGUCCUCAUCCUGCUGUCCUCAUCCUGCUGUCCUCAUCCCACCAGAAAAACACCACGUCAACACCAGGGUCCACCAUAGGCACAGAUCAGUCAGUGCGAUCCUCAGCCACUGCGCAGGCGCAUCAGGCCAGACGCAAGCAAUCCACCCAGAGCGCAUCGACCAUAGGACAAGGUUCUCGACUUGCCGCUCAGUCUCACCUCUGGCCAUGAUCUUUGGGGAAUGA